GGAGGGAUUUUGUCGGGGAGGGGGCGUUAACUGUCGCAUCCAUGUGUUAUAUAAAAGGUGAUACAUUUCGAUAGAGCCGUGUCCAUACUGCUGUGAGCGACGCUGAGCUGCACUUGGAGUACAGAAUAGUCUCGUUUAUAGAAAGUACAGACAGGCUGUACAGAAACAUGGCUGCUUCCCUGCUGAGGAUAGGACGACUGAGCUGUGUCAAGUGUUUGCAGGCUGAGAGCUGGACUACUCUGAGGAGAGCACCCACAGCUGUAGCUUUCAGCACAAAAUCUGGGGGUUCCAAGAAGUCCUCGAAGAAGAACAACACAGACAAAAACGAGGCUAAAACAUACUUCGAUUUAGAGAAACUUGUUCAGCACAAGCCUUAUGAGUUUCCCAAGAAAGAAGUUUCACCAACAGCAGUAGCAGCUGCUGCAGCUGCACCAGCUGCCACUCCAGUUACAGCUGCAGAGCCCACGCCCUUUGCUGUUGCUGCACCUGAGACUCUGACAACAACCACUGCAGAAGAACCUGCUGCCCCAGUGCUUGAGGCCACUCCUACUGCUGAAGCUAUCCUUGAGCCUGCUUCAGUAGCUGAAGCCACACCAGUUGUUGAAGCGACACCUGCUGUUGAGUCGAUCUCUGAAUCUGCUGCAGCAGUGGAAGUUACACCUGUGGCUGAAGUUGCAUUGGAGGCUGUACCAGUUGUUGAAACUGUCGUUGAAGCUGUACCAGUUAUUGAAACUGUCGUUGAAGCUGUUGCUGAAGCUGUACCAGUUGUUGAAACUGUCGUUGAAGCUGUUUCUGAAGCUAUACCAGCAGUUGAGGUUGUUGUCGAAGUUGUUGCUGAAGCUGCUGCAUCUACAACUGAAGAUGCCACUGCUCCAGGAGCUGCACCUGCAGCUGAAACUGCACACCCUGCUGCAGAAGCAGUACCGGUCCCUGAAGCUGUUCCUGCAGAACCUCCUGUUGAAGUGGCCCUUGAAGCCACAACUGCUGAAACUCCUAUUGAAUUUGCCCCUGAAGUCCCUGUUGCAGAAACUGUGCCAGCUGUUGAAGCUACAACUGAACCUGUUCCUGCUGAAGCCCCCGUAGAAGCUGCCCCUGCUGAAGUGGCCUCUGAGCCUGUGACUGACACAGCACCUGAGUCUGUGGUCGAAGCGGCCUUUGUAGAAGUAGCUGCUGAGGAUGCAGCUGAAGCUUCCACCCCUGCAGAGAGUGCCAAGGAGUUGGAGGACCCUGCUCCAGUUGUAGCUGAAGCUGUGGGAGAGGAGCUGCAGGUGGAGACCCCAGCUGAACCACUUGAACCGUCUGAGGGUCAAAUGGACCCAAUUCAGAAGCUGUUCCUGGACUCAAUACGCCAGUACUCUGCAAAAAGCCAAGCUACUGGGGGGCUAGUUGAUGCAGGUUCAGAGUAUGAGAAGGCUUUGGCAGAGGAGAUAGCGAAGCUUCAGAGACUCUAUGGUGGUGGUGACCUGACAUCUUUCCCUGAGUUCAAGUUCACAGAGCCCAAGCUGGAUGAAGUUUCUCAGAAGUAAACAUCAACACUUUUCAAAUGAACUUUUCUACUCUCACCUUUUUAAUGUACAUCUAUGCUCUGUUGUGAAACAAUAUCAGUCUGCAUGAUGUUAGCUAAACAAACCCUUACCUGUAGUGUGUGAAGAUACACCUGUUUAUAUAUGUUUUAUGGGAAUAAAGAUAAUGUACAUUUUAGGCAUACAAAGUAAACUUAGAGCUGUGAAAUAUGCUUUGUGUAGAAUCAUCAUGGCUGAUGUGAGUGUGAAGAAAACAAUAAAUUCCAGGUGAUAUUUGUUAUAUGUA